CAAAAUUGGAAGUCAUACAUUGUUUGUUGUAAGAGUGAACCGUGGAAAGAUGACCUUCCAAAUCUACUGCCAAUUGUUGGGAGGGUCAUUUCACACCUCAUGGGGGAUGUUUCAAGGAAUCCUUACAAAGAUAAGAAAUAUCUUGUACCAGACCAUCCAGACCUUUCUGGUCACACAGAUCCUAAUUAUCACCAAUUAAAUGAACUGAAUAACACUAGAGAUUAUAUUACCCCAAGAAGAAGGAAGAUGAGGGAAAUGAAACCUGCUGACUUUGAAGACCCUUAUAAAGAACUGUUCCUAUGGGCAAUCCUUCUUAAUAGGAGAGAACUGGCCCAUCUGUUUUGGAAGCUUGGCAAAGAUCACAUAGGUGGAGCUCUGAUGGGAAGUGCCCUUUUGAAGUCACUAUCUGAAAUAGCAGAUGAUGAAGAAGAAGUUGAUCUUGCACAAGACAUUGCAAAACAUUCUGAGUCAUGGGAAGAGAUUGCAUGUGGAGUCCUAAAUGAAUGUUACACCAGAGACAAGCAGAUGUCCCACAACCUGUUGAUCAGGAAACUUAACACAUGGGGAGGCACCACAUUAUUCUCCAUAGCAGAAGAGGCUAAUAAGAUGGACUUCAUGGGGCUAUCAUGCUGCCAGACUAAACUUAAUAAAAUAUGGAAAGGCAAUAUGGCUUUAUAUACUUCAAACUGGAAGAUAUUUGCCUCCCUGUUCUUGCCAUUCUUCCUGCCUUUGAUAAAGUUCUCAACAAAUGACUUCACUACAGAAGGUCCCUCUGAUAAUAACCUUGCACAAGGUCCACCAGAGUCUAAAGGCAGCAAAGUUGAUGUACAGCCCCUUGGGAAUGACAAUGAAGAAUUUGUAAGGUCUAAAUCUCGGAGGAAGAGAAAAAGACUGACUCGGAAAUUGUACACAGUCGCCUGCGGGUCAGGUGCCCAGGGGUCAAUCAGUGUAUUCAGUGCCAUCUAUUAUUACCAUACAGCACCAGUCACCAAAUUCUCUUAUCAUACAAUAUCCUACAUUGUAUUCUUGGGCAUGUUCACAUUCUUCCUACUUACUAACCUCAGACCUGUGACGCAUCCUGACUCCCCAAGUUUCUGGGAAAUGUUGGUGUGGGGCUGGGCUGCUACUAUGUUUGUUGAAGAACUGAGACAGUUCCUCACGAAAGACACAACCUCUGUCAAAUACAAAUUCUCUGGCUACUUCAGUAAUCUUUGGAAUGCCUUUGACCAAGGCAUCUACAUCAUGCUCCUCAUCUCUAUCAUUCUCCGCUACACCCUGCUGGACGAGGAAGACUUCAAAUGGGCAAGGAGGUUCUACAGCAUCACUCUCGCCAUGUUCUUCGUUCGCUUCAUGCAUAUAUUUUUCGUUGAGAAAAAUCUGGGACCAAAAGUUAUCAUGAUUAGGAGAAUGUUGACUGAUCUGCUGUUCUUUAUUGCCAUAUUGCUGGUAUUCAUAUUAGCAUAUGGUGUUGCUAGUCAAGCGUUGAGGUACCCCAAUGCGCCAGUAAGCUGGAACUUACUCAAAGACAUUGUUUACCUCCCCUAUUGGCAAAUGUAUGGAGAACUCGAACUUGCUCUAGUUGAAGGUGAGCUUGAAGGUUGUACGUCUAAUGAAACAAUCUGGAGAAAUGACCCAGAGGCGGAGAGAUGUCCUGAAGAAUCGUCACUGGCCAUCAUCUUAUUCGCCAUCUAUAUGAUGGUCAGCAAUGUGCUGCUCCUUAACCUGCUUAUUGCCCUCUUCAGCCAUACCUUUGAAAAGGUGCAAGAGAAUUCUGAGAAAGUGUGGCGCUUCUACAGGUACAACUUGAUCUAUGAAUACUUUGAUCGCCCAACUCUGGCCCCUCCAUUGAUCAUCCUGAGCCAUAUCGCCCGCAUCAUCAUGUUCUUCAUCUAUGCCUGUCGAAGUGAUAUGACCAAGAGUCAUGCUUUCAAGAAAUACCUUAGCAAAGAGGAAUAUAACAAACUCACAGCAUUUGAGAGAGCAGGCAUGGAAGAAUAUCUACUACAUGCACAACAAUUGCACCAUGAGCACAUUGAGAACAAAGUCAGCGCAACUGGAGAAAGGAUUGAAAAAGUUAUUGAAGAUCUGGAAGAGAUCAAGGAACAAGUGGUGACAUCUGACAGCAGUGUCCCUACACUAGAAUUUGACCAAGCUGUGAUGGUACAACAACUUGGUGCUACACCUCAUGAGCAGCCUGAUCCCAUUGAAAGGUCAGAGCUGAAAGGAGAGUUUGACUACCUCAAUACUAGGAUGAAGAAUUUAGAGAACAAACUUGCAUCUCAGAGCUCAGCCAUGGAACAGAUUCUAACACUUUUACAAUCCAGUAGACAUGGUGGCCAAGCACAGACUUCUCCCUAUGGGAAUCAAAUACAGACUGCUCCCUAUGGGGGACAAGAACACCAGACCAGUUCUCAGUCCAGUUUUUACCGUCCACCCCUUCCACACAUAGAGAUACAGGGGGAUUCUUUGGAUUAAUUAAAUGUGGUGAAUUAAAUCAUAUGAUCUCUUAUAGAAGACAAAACUGUAAGCCAAGAACCAACCAACUGAUAGAUAGCUGCAUCUAAUGACAAGAAGCCUAGCUGCAUGAUUCCUGUAUGGCUACUAGACUUGCCUCAUCUAAUAAUUAGAAGCAUGGCCACAUGGUGUCUAAUUGGCUACUAGCCUUGUCUCAUGGUAUAACUUCAGCUUAGCAUAGUGUCUAAUUGGC